GGACUAUUUCUACCUGGGAGGCGAAUAGACGGGCUUCAAGUGCCUGCUCUCAUCAUGGCUACGUCUCCAGUCUCUCCUCAAUGCCCCGAGCCAUAUUUGCUGAAGGACCUUUCCUCUGAAAUUCUGGCACAGAACGUUUUCGAACUGGAGCUGCUGAAAGUAUUGAGGAAGAAGGGUUGGGAUGAGGAAGGCUUAGAUGGUCACUUCAAUCGCCAGAGACAGAUCGCGGAUUCCGCAGACGAUCGUAUGAAUUCGAUAUGGUUCAACAAGAUGAAGAAGGUGUUCCGCGAGCUCGAUGUCCAGGCGCGAUUUGUCCCAACCUUUGGGAGAUUGGAAUUUUUAGACCUUGGAUGCUGUCCAGGCGGCUUCACGUCCUAUAUUCUUCAGAAACAUCAUCGUGCCCAUGGCACUGGGAUCUCGCUACCAAUCGAACAGGGCGGUCAUCCCAUGGCUCUCGAACAGCAUCUCAGCUCUCGCUUCGAACUGCACCUCGCCGAUCUCCUCUACUACAAACUUCAUUCGGGUCACAGACCGCUGUUGCUGACUUCCAUGCAGCCUUUGCCAGAUGGCUUCGCAGCACGCUUCAACAUUGUUAUUCUCGAUGGACACUUCUUGCGGACCUAUCGCUCCCCUGCGCUGACCGACCCAGAUGAAUGGGAUCGUCAUCGUCUUCUCAUCUCUCAGAUUGUCAUCGCUCUACGGUCAGUGGCGCCAGGAGGGACGAUCGUAAUUAAACUCUCCCACCCCGAGAAAUUGUUGACUGCCCAGAUUCUACAUAUGCUUGACAAUCUUUCCAUAUCUCUCUGUGUGCACAAACCGCACAGCCUUCAUGCCAAUCGUGGGACGUUCUAUGCAAUUGCUAAGGGUAUAGGGCGAGGACCACAUGGCGAGAAACAGUCUCAAUACCUCCAGGGACUGGAGGAUCUGUGGCAUGACAUCACCUUUGGCGGAGAAACAGGUCGAGGUCGGUUUAUGACUGCGACAGAUCUGGACUUCAUUACCACUUACGAUGAUAUUGUGACGACGUACCUUGGUCGAUUGAUUGAUCUCGGGCGAAGCGUUUGGCUCACCCAAGCGGACGCUCUCCAGGUUUGGUUCUCGAGGAGAGGCAUCUUGUAAACAGAAUCAUUUCAGCUCACGGGAUAUUGUGUUGGAACAGUUUCGCUCCGCACUCAUGCUGACUUCUUUUCGUCGAGUUAUGUCUCUUUUUUUUGAUCUAGUCUUACGUUUUCGAUGCGGACAGUGCUACGCUUCUUGUGGCACACGACGUAACAAUAAACAUGUGGCAUGUGGCUCCG